ACUAGACUAAACCCGCAGAGCAUGGAGUUCAGACCCACUACAACAGACCCUUGUCAAGAACUUUAGAGGCCGGAAUAUGAGGUGAAGUGGUGCCUCGGCGAAAGUUGGACCAGGAACGAUGGCCGAGAAAUGUGGCGCCAUAUGACAACAGCCGCCAAGGAUGAGACCUGCGACAAUUUGGUCCUGCCUGUUCUCUCAAGAGCUUGGCUUCUGUGGGAGAUGUCUCUCGCUGGUAGAUGGCGCUGUCCGGAAGCCGUCAACAUGUAAUUCGCCAGGAGCUCACUCGUCGAUCUGGCCAGAGAUGGCUCUCCCGUCAAGUGCUCAAGAUCCUGGAUGGCUACUUGAAUGUCCAGACGUCGCACACUCCUUGUCAUCUGGACCGUUCAAGAGUCUCGGCAUUCGCUCUCGCAUACCUCUCGAACCCAUCAUACCAUUGUGGAUUACCCAAGUCUCGUGUACUUCUGUUAUCGUGAACAAACAAUGCGAGGAGUCGAAAGGGAUGUAUUCGGCGGGCGUCGUUGCCUUCGCCACUAUGCGUGGCGCGGAUGAACUCGCCAUCGGGGUUUUUGAACGGUCGCCCUAAAGAGGAUGCGCAGCGGGUGAAGAGAUAGAUCUGAAUAUAUGGCGCCGAAAAAAGUGUGGCGUGGCUCCUCCCGAACGCCCCGCGCGUAUCUGUUCGUUCGAAAUGGUCCCAGCGCCAAGGCCCCAUGCGGGAGUGAAGUUGUGG